GGGUAGACCAGGCAGGAGCAGAGUCAGGGUCACACUGUGGUGACAAUUCCUGGUCCUCUCUGCCGCCUUCUUGCAUAAUUGCCCAACGUGAGCACAGCAACUGAGUAGGGCUUUUCACAGCAAGACCAACAGACAGGUGACCGAGGGAUCUCCCGCAGGCCGCGCACACUACACGGAGGCUAAACACGGGGUCCCUUUCCCGGGGUGGCUUUCUAGAAAAUGACCAUAGAGGACCUUCCAGAUUUUCCAUUAGAAGGAAAUCCUUUGCUUGGAAGAUACCCGUUUUUAUUUCCAGGUUCUGAAACACCAGUUAUCUUUUCCAUUUCUGCAGCACCAAUGCCUUCAGACUGUGAGUUUUCUUUCUUUGAUCCUAAUGAUGCAUCGUGCCAGGAAAUUCUCUUUGAUCCCAAAACUUCAGUCUCAGAAUUAUUUGCCAUCUUAAGACAGUGGGUUCCUCAGGUCCAGCAAAACAUUGACGUUAUUGGAAAUGAGAUCCUUAAAAGAGGCUGCAAUGUGAACGACCGAGAUGGGUUGACAGAUAUGACCCUUUUACAUUACACCUGCAAGUCUGGAGCUCAUGGUAUUGGUGAUGUUGAGACAGCCGUGAAAUUUGCAGCUCAGCUUAUUGAUCUCGGAGCAGACGUCAGUUUGCGGAGUCGCUGGACAAACAUGAAUGCUUUACAUUAUGCUGCCUAUUUUGAUGUCCCAGAAGUUAUAAGAGUAAUUUUGAAGACAUCAAAACCAAAAGAUGUGGAUGCCACUUGCAGUGACUUUAAUUUUGGAACAGCUCUGCACAUUGCAGCAUAUAACUUGUGUGCAGGUGCCGUAAAAUGCUUACUGGAGCACGGAGCAAACCCUGCAUUUCGGAACGACAGGGGCCAGGUCCCUGCUGACGUGGUUCCCGACCCAGUGGAUAUGCCGCUGGAAAUGGCCGAUGCCGCUGCCACUGCCAAGGAAAUCAAGCAGAUGCUGCUCGAUGCGGUGCCGCUCUCCUGUCUCUCCAAGGCCGUGCUUCCAAACUGCGACCAUGUGACUGACAAGGCUACACUUUCAUCUCUUGGCCUGAAGUUGGGGGAUCGUGUCGUGAUUGCAGGACAGAAGGUUGGGACCCUACGAUUUUGUGGAACAACUGAAUUUGCCAGUGGUCAGUGGGCUGGCAUCGAAUUAGAUGAACCAGAAGGAAAAAACAACGGAAGUGUUGGAAAAGUCCAGUACUUUAAAUGUGCGCCCAAAUAUGGUAUUUUUGCUCCUCUUUCAAAGAUAAGUAAAUCAAAAGAGCGAAGGAAGAACAUCACACACCCGCCUUCCUCGAAAACCGUGCCUCCCAACAAGCCCCAGAAAGUCAGCGUAGCUCACGUCACAUCAAAAGUGAAUACUGGAUUGAUGACAUCAAAAAAGGAGAGUAUUUCUGAAUCAGCACUUUCAUUGCCGCCCAGUGAAGAACUGAAAACUCUAGCAGAGAAAGAUGUCCCGCUGCCUGGAUCCAUCAGCAGCAGCUCCUCCACAUCCUCUCUGGAGCACAAACAGAGCUCCUCGAAGAAACCCAAUGCAAGCAGCAACAGCAAGAAGACCAUGAGCAAGAGCCCUUCUCUGUCGUCCGGAGCCAGCACUGGUUUGAAUUCCUCAGCAACAUCUAUAGUAAAUAAUACUCGUCGCGAAGGAGAGCUUCACCUUGGGGACAGAGUAUUGGUGGUAGGCCAGAGAGUUGGUACGAUUAAAUUCUUUGGGACAACAAAUUUUGCUCCAGGGUAUUGGUACGGCAUAGAGCUUGAAAAACCCCACGGCAAGAAUGAUGGUUCCGUUGGCGGUGUGCAGUAUUUCAGUUGUUCUCCAAGAUACGGAAUAUUUGCUCCCCCAUCCAGGGUGCAAAGACUAACGGAUUCCCUGGACGCACUUUCAGAAAUCUCUUCAAACAAACAGAAUCAUUCUUACCCUGGUUUUAGGAGAAGUUUUAGCACAACUUCUGCUUCUUCCCAAAAAGAGAUUAACAGGAGAAAUGCUUUUGCCAAGUCCAAGACUGUCCUGCGUCGCAGCUGGAGCAGUGCCACCACUGCCGGUGGCCUCGAGGGGAGCGUGAGGCUGCACGAGGGCUCUCAGGUCCUGCUCAUGAGCUCUAACGAGAUGGGCACCGUUAGGUACGUGGGCCCCACGGACUUCGCAUCAGGCAUCUGGCUUGGACUGGAGCUCCGAAGUGCCAAGGGGAGAAACGACGGCGCGGUGGGUGACAAGCGCUAUUUCACCUGUAAGCCGAACCAUGGCCUUUUGGUCAGACCCAGCAGAGUGACCUAUCGCGGAAUCAACGGGUCAAAGCUUGUGGAUGAAAACUGUUGAGUUAAAAUCAUAAAAUAGUCAGUGGGCGCUGUCGUGUGCGCUCUCCACCUCUCCCUCCCUCCCUGUCUGUCUCUGCCUCUCUCUGUCAUAUAUAGUGUAAAAUAGAGUCCAUGGCAAAUGGUUUAUUUAUUUAGCCGUUAUUUAAAAUUUGAAAAUGCAGUCUAGUUAUCUUCACAAAAACCAUUGUAACAGUUCAGAGAGAUGCCUUUAAAAGGUCAUGGUUAUGAACUCUGGGGAAUCAUGGUUCUCUUAAGAACAAUUUCAAAAUGAGCAAGUUUUUAGAGCUUUUGAAACUAGUUCCCAAGAAAAUUCUGGGACUCAAAAAAAAGUGCCAUUAGAUGAGUAACUGAUGCAUUACUUUGCUCACUGGGUUUCCCUUUUGCACAUGAUGUAUUUUUCAUAGUGCCAUAAUUGUACGGUUUUUAAUCAGCUUUGGUGAACGUAAUGUUCGCAUGACGUCUUUCUGUUAAAUGUUUUUUAACUUUUUCUUUGUGUGUUUCAUUUGGUACCCUAAGAGCAUAAGUAGAUACAUGACUGGUGUGUUUUUAGUAUUUUUUGGUAAAUCACGUGCCAUUUCGGGAAUGGCUCAUGUGAAGACACAUUGGCACACGGCAGAAGCUGUGUUCUCUGCCUCUGGCCCCGGCCAGACAGGGAGAUGGAGUCUCUCUUCACCAGGGCCAGGCACUCGUGGGUUAGCAGAGCUACGAACGGAUGUCUCCUGUCUUGUGGCUCUGUGACCUUACCUCUAUACAAAGUGUGCAAUCCGAGACUGUUCUGCUGCUGUGUUCCUGCCUCACCUGUGUUAGGAACUACAAAAAGCCCCAUGAUCAAGGGCACACAUUCAAGUUAGAAUUUUUGCACAUAGUUAUUUAGCUUCUUCAUCUGACAUAUUUGUAACACACGUAGCACUUUCAAGCCAUGAUGCACUUUCAUAUCUGUGGAGAUUUUUGCUACCUUUUCCUCCUGGAAUUUGAAAAGCAUUUUUCAAAAAAAAAAAUGUAUUUAACAGAAAAGAACCAAUUAAGGUGUGUUGGGAAGGGUGCAUUAGUUACUCGUGUAGAGCUGUGUGGUUUGUUCCUCAUGCACGUGGUGUUGUUUCCCGUGGCUGCUGUUCUGUGUUUCCAGGGGCUGCCGAUAUCAGCCUGUGACAAAGCUCCCGACAGGACUCUUGUCACUGCCCUUCUCCAGCAUUUGUUAACUCAGUUUCAUGACAUGCACUUGUCUCGUGGAAAUGUAUUGAAGUUUCUGUUCCCGUCCUGUGUGUGUAAAGAUUUAUCUUUUACUAUAAAUAUUUAGACUUUACAAAGGAAAUAUUGGGAGAGUUUGCUUUAUAAGACUAAAAGUGUACUUCAGAAUGGAGCUUGCUUUGUGCUUAGAAAUAUAUGCUAAGCUAUUUUGCAAUAUACUAUUUUAAAUCUAAAUUCUGUCACUCUGUUGCCUUUUUUUAAAGUGUGGUAUUUCAAAUACUGCUGAACUUAUUUUCCUGAAGUACAUUUGCAAAAUGAGGCUGCUUUAUAAUCAAGGCAUAUUUUUAUUGAUUGAAGAAAAUGACUGCUUCAAUUAAAAAGUAAACUUAUUUUAUUAUAUAAAUUGUUUCUUAACUCUAUUUAUACCUUAAUGUGAAAUCCAUGACUAUACGGAACUUGAGUACCAUAGUUCUUUCUGUUGGGUAUGAAAUAUUAUAAGUUAAAAGCAGUAACACCAACUGAAUUUAUUUUUGAAGUCGAAGAUCCGAUUGUUCUCUUCAUAUUUAAAUUAGGAUUAUUAAAGCCAUAUAGCACUUAUGUUUCACAUACUGUACACCCAAAUUAGAUGUGUUCAUCUGUGUUCUGUUUAUUAAAUGUCAUUCAAAGUUCCUUUCUGAGCAUUAAUAAAAAGGGAAGCUGUUUGGUUUGAA